AUGUCGGCCAAGUCUCCAAGAACAGCAGCCGACUCCCAGAGAAGGAAGGUCCGGAAGGGGACACAUAGCUGCUGGGAAUGCCGGCGCCGCAAGAUCCGAUGCCAGUUUGCCUCGGAGGAUGACGCGAACGCGAACGCGAACGCCAGCUGCAUCCCAUGUCGGGCCCGAGGCUCCGCGUGCCGGAGUCAGGAAUUCGUCGAUGCGUCACACGCGGAGCCGGCCCCGGACCGCCGCCUGGCUCAACGCCUGGCUCGGCUGGAAGAGCUGAUGGAGAAGCUCGUCGAGAGCAUGGUGCCCGAUGCGAGCGUGACUACUGACCUAGACAUGGCUUCGGGGGUCUCGGCAUCUCCUUCCAUAUCCGCUCCGGGUGCCGUACGCCAGCCGGUCAAUGUUCCCAACGGCUCGCUUUCCCCUGCUAUUCCUGCCGGGCUACUUGCUGGCGUGCACAGCCGAGGAUCGGCGUCGCAGUCGUCUCCAGCCAUGCUCACCCCGGAGUCGGCACAGGCGGCAAACAUGGAAUCUGAGAGAGUUCCAGCCCAGGGAUACGAACGGGUGUGUAGAAUUUUGCAAGGCCUGUUUCCCGACCAACAAGACAUGAACACCAUCGUCCGGGAAAGCCCCGGAGUCCUCUUCGUGACGAGCCUGUUCUACAGUAACAAAGAUAUCACGGAGGGCAACUCCGAACCGCUCAGCCAUCUUACUCUUAUUCCUCCAGUAUCGAGCCACCCGACGGUCCUGGCGAGGCGCCUUCUGCAGGUUUCAAUCUGCAUGCAGCAAUUACCGCCGGCGUUUGACAAGGAAAACCUCGUCAUGAAGUCUACCAUCGCGCAGACCAUGGCCAAUAUCGUGUCGACCGUCAUAGAUCUCGUGACAUCCAACGAUGAGGUUAUCGGUACCGCCGAAGGUCUCGAGUGCCUCAUCCUCCAGGGCGUCUGGCAGGCAAAUGCCGGAAACCUACGAAAAGCCUGGCUCAGCUACCGCCGAGCAUUGAGCCUAGGACAGCUCAUGGGGAUCGAUCGAGCAGGCUCGCAUGCUCUCAAAUCAGCAGAUCCUAGGUCCAACUCGAAGCUACAGCCAUCACCUGAGAGCUUGUGGUACCGGAUCAUCUUCUGCGAUCGCUACUUCUCGCUAGUUCUGGGUCUCCCCAUUGGCGCUCAAGAUAAUAGCUUCGCCUCAGACGAAGCGACUGCACGAGACACGCCAGCCGAGAAGUUGGAAAAGUUCCAUACCGUUAUUGCAGGCAGGAUCAUUGAUCGCAACUCGAACAAGACCCCUCAAGCAUACGCAACAACCCAGAUCAUAGACUGCGACCUCGAGGCAGCUGCCCAGAACAUGGCUCGGCAGUGGUGGGCGGAGCCCCUGCUGAACCCCUUCGCAACGCCCGCGCAAAUAGCGCAAUCAACCUGCCAUCUGAACCUUCAGAUUCACCAUUUCAGUCUCCUGGUCCUGCUCCAUCUGCCCUACCUACUGCGCGACCCAUCCGAGAGUCGGUACGAUUAUAGCAAGGCGACAUGCGUACGAUCCAGCCGUGAGGUGCUCAAGCGAUUCAUCAGCUUCCGGUCGCUAAUCAGCUCUGCUUUUGCCUGUCGCCACAUCGACUACGCGGCCCUGAUGGCGGCCAUGACGCUGCUGCUGAGCUACCUGAGCCCGAAACCGGGCACGUCGGCCAACCCGCAGCCCCUCGCGACCUGUGGCCAGCGCGAAGAGGACAGGAAACUGGUGGAGGUGGUUCGCGAGAGGAUGGAACAUGUCGCCAUCGUCAACCACGACAGGCUCUCGCGCGAAUCCGCAGACAUGGUCGGCCAGCUCAUGGUCAUCCUCGAAGCGCAGAGCGCCGGCCACGGCCACAGCGUGUCCGAGUGCGGCAGCGCGGCACUGGAGCGCCUGCACCUCGCCAUCCCGUACCUCGGCACCAUCAGCAUCCACCCCAACUCGUCUGCCAAGGCGGCGGCGGCGCCGUUCGCGGAGGGUCUCACGGUCGGAGAUGCAGCCCACAUGCUGUGUGCCAAUUCUAGUGCCAAUGGCCUGCAGCACGCCCCGGACGCCCCCCUUAAGCCUCUCGCGACCGGGGGCAUCGAGCAGGCUAUGGACUUCAACACAACGAUAGAGGAACCGCAAUUCUCGCCGGGCGAUUACGUGGCGAACGGUAUGUACAUGGAGUUCGAGCCGCAGGACGAGAAUCUCCUCUUCCCGGACCUGAUGGCGGAGGGCGACGACUGGGCAUUCCAGGGCGUGGACACGACGUACUGGUCGCUGCUCAACGGCGGUAUGGGAUCUGGGUGA